AUGCUGAAGACGUCAUUCUUUCCUUCCCGAGAAAGUGCUCUUGGUGUCUCUUCCCUAUCAUCAUCUAUCAAGUUAUCAUCUGCUAGAGGAGCCACUUAUUCUAGGAUAAAUAUGGAACUUUCAAUCACACGUCCCGAUGACUGGCAUCUCCAUUUGCGUGAUGGUGAACUUCUUGAAGCAGUUGCCCCUCACAGUGCGAAUUGCUUUGGAAGAGCUAUAGUGAUGCCAAACUUGAGACCUCCCAUCACCACAACAGCUGCAGCCAUGGCCUACCGCCAGUCAGUUCUGAAAGCUCUCCCAGCAAAUAGUGACUUCACUCCCUUGAUGACCCUUUAUUUGACGGACAACACCAGCCCUAACGAGAUUAAAUUAGCUAGAGAGAGUGGAGUUGUAUUUGGUGUGAAGUUGUAUCCAGCUGGCGCUACUACGAAUUCUCAAGAUGGUGUGACAGAUCUAUUCGGAAAGUGUUUACCUGUUCUAGAGGAAAUGGUUCAGCAAAACAUGCCCUUAUUGGUGCACGGAGAAGUAACAAGUUCUGAUGUCGAUGUGUUUGACCGUGAAAAAGUCUUCAUUGACACGGUUCUUAUCCCCUUAACUCAAAAGCUUCCACAGCUGAAGAUUGUCAUGGAGCAUAUUACCACUAUGGAUGCUGUAAACUUUGUCGAGUCUUGCAAUGAAGGAUUUGUUGCGGCAACUGUCACGCCGCAACAUCUCGUUUUGAACAGAAACUCCAUAUUCCAAGGAGGACUGCAGCCUCACAAUUAUUGUCUUCCAGUACUAAAACGAGAGACACAUAGACGUGCAAUUGUGUCGGCUGUCACAAGCGGAAGUAAACGAUUUUUCCUCGGUACCGAUAGUGCUCCUCAUGAAAGAAGAAGAAAAGAGUCUGCUUGUGGAUGUGCAGGAAUAUAUAAUUCCCCUAUAGCCUUGUCGGUUUAUGCCAAGGUCUUCGAAGAGGCUGGUGCACUGGACAAGCUAGAAGGAUUUACGAGCUUUAACGGACCCGACUUCUACAAUCUCCCUAGAAACAAGUCAAAGAUCAAGUUGACGAAAACCUCCUGGAAAGUACCUUCUUCGUUUUCUUUCACAUGGGGCGAAAUUGUUCCCAUGUUUGCUGGUGAGACACUCGAGUGGAAUAUUUCGAACACUUCAAGUUAG